AUGCCACAUGCCUGGGUGGUAGAGGGACCCCCGGUACCAACCCUCCCCCUGCUGUGCCCUGCAGCCCCCCGCCAGCCCCAGGGGGUCCCCGGUAGUGACACCGCCCAGCUGCACUAUGCCGUGGUGAAGAAGCUGCGCACCUACUCGGGUGCCCAGGUGAGUGCCUGGUGCCAGCCCGUGCCCGUCCCCCAGCGCUACUGCCAGGACGUGUACCGGGGCCAGCUGGCCUCCGUGCACAGCGCUGCCCGCAACAAGGAGCUGCAGAAACUGGCACGAACCUACCACAUCAUCAUCGCACCCUGGAUUGGAGCUGUCACCAGCUUCAGGGCAGGGCAGUGGCAGUCCUACUGGGAGGACUCCAGCCCCUGGAACUACGCGAAUUGGGCGCCCACCCACCCCUUCCACAUUGUCACCACCUGCACGACCCUCAGCAUCCGAGGUAAGGUCACCCAGCCACCGUGUCCAAGCUUGGAGUGCUGGGGAGGGGAGGACAGGCUGCUGGGGCAUUGGAGGAACAUUGGGAGGGCACUGUGAGGAGGGGGCUACAGGGCACUGGGUGAGCUGAGGGGAGCACCGAGGGCACUGGGAGGGGCACCGGGAGGGCUUACAGGGCACUGGGGGAGCCAAGGGGGAUAUAGGGGGCACUGGAAGUGGUUGCAGGGUACUAAGGGGCCCUGGGAACCACCCAUGGCCCUGACACUGUCCUUGUCCCCAGAUGGGCUCUGGUGAAGCCGCUUCUGCAACCAGCUGCGCCCCUUCAUCUGCCAAUACUGAGCUCCUGGCACUGCCAUGGCAGCCUAGUUCCUUUCCCAGUAAAGCAGAGGUGUCCUGAGCCGUG